CCUACUUUUAAUGAACAUAGCGUGUCCUUAUCUAUGAAACUUUGUUGUUUGUACGCCAGAAUGAAGACGGGUUUUUAUCUUCUACUAAUAACGUCAAAUUUAUUUCUCCUGAUUUGUGAAGGUAAGUAAAUAGGAAAUGUAUGUUUACAUGUGUCAGGGGAGGUGUCCAAUAUCAUUAUUCAAUUUAACCUGGAUGACAAAAAUUCGUUAUUUUUUGUCAUCUUCAUGAAUCUUUGUCCUAUGAAAAUAUUCCCCGCUGUACACUUGAACUCUUAAAGCUCUUGCGCUUCUAGCUUUAAAUAUUGUGACUCAGCGCGAUCAUGUAGGAAUACUAUUUCGCUGGUUAAUAUAAAAACUGUGACACAAUUUGUUGGAUCUGCCUUUGAGCACUAACAUUGGGAACUGACAACUAAUAUUGAGAGCAUAAACCACAGUUAACUUUACCACCACGCAAAAAAUUUCAAUCAUUAUAUAUUUUGGAAUUUAUAACAAAAAUUAUUGCGAAAAACAUUAUUUGGAGGGAGCCUCUCUGUAAAAUUUUCUUUUUUGUAAUUUAACGUGCAUUUAUCUGUUCAUUUCAUUUAUUUAUCGAUUUUUUGUAAAAUGCUUUUUGGUAAUUCUUUAAAAACUCGAACCUCCAAGGAGCGAACGAACAAUUUUUGAAAAGUUUUGAGGACUUUUCUUCCAAUAUCUGGGACGUUUUAGUUGCGUUUCCCCACCAUGCUGUAAACAACUUACAAUAAACCCAAUCAUAAUAGCGAUCGAAAGCAUGGGGAUUGGUUGUUAUGUGACUGCAAAGCUUAUUUUAAGUUUUAUCAUCUCCUUUAGAAUCAGGUGACCCAUGCAGAAAGGUUCUUGUUAAUGAUCCUUGUAUGAGAAUACAUUUAUUUUCCGUUUUAGGGCAUCUUCACAUGAGCCCUGUUUCGGAAAUCUCGCCUUACCUCUAAAUCUUUUGUAAAUUUUCCAUGUGUUCAGAGGGCGGGCAAGCUCGGUUCCCGAGAUCUCGGUUUUUCCUACCGGGAUUUUGCCAUAUGAACACUUCAGCCCGGUUACCGGGAGGAAAGCGGGAUUAAUUUUUCGAAUGAAUUCUGCAUCUUCUUGCUUUGCCUGUUGUAUUUUCCACAUCAUAAGCAUCCCAUUUGACAUCAGUGAUACAGCUACAAGAGUUGGUAAACGGUUAUAAUUGCUGGUUUUCAGUGUCACGCCAUUCAAACUAGAACAAAAUAAAAAUCAAAACCAUUCGACAGAUAAAGUCCAGAAUCUGGGAAAUGAAAGGAGGUAAAUAUAGAAAGACCCUCGCCAAGAUUUGGGUCGAAGGAAUAAUUCUUAUACGAGAUAUCCGAGGAAAUGGUUUACCCAACUUUAUAGAGCUUUGUAUGGAGACGCCAUGCUGGAACUCAUCCGGAUGAGCACCAACAUGGCGGACGGAAACCAACUGAAACAUCUGUUACCGAGUUUUGCUACAAAAGCGUGAAUUUACUCCUAGAGGAACUCAUAAACAUUAAAGUAAUACUUUUUCUAAUACUUGAACUGUUUAGAUAACAAAAUUCCUCGAAAAAAGUCACUUUUUUAACCUAAAUGACAGCUCUCUCGGCCGUCAUGUAAUUGAUGCGUCCCGCAAAAGCUUAGAAAUUCAAGCGUACUCUAUUACAAAACCAAGAACCCUUUUGAGGCGAAAAUUUGUUUGAAAAUUAGUUUUGAGCUGCUCUAAUAUACCAUGAAAGUAAAAUCUCAGUAGGAUCGAAAGUUUUGUAGUUUGAAUUUUAGUAACGUCAUGUGAAAGUCGAAACUUAUAACUUUGUUUCGCCAUGUAAUAUAACGUGUUUCGCCAUGUUUGCUUUGUUUCUCGAAUUUCGCGCCACAACUCGUCUUCGGCCUUUUCUCAUCUCGGAGACCGGGCUGAAAUUUCUCAUAUGAACCAAGGCGGCCAGCCCAGUCAACUGGACUCAUGUGAAAAAAGAGGCCCUAUCUGUUCCAAGGUAAAGAUCGUAGGACAACGAUCAAUUUCAGUUCUUUAAAAUACACCUGAAAUAAUGUCAUGAUGGAUACCUCAACCUGUACUUAAUCCUAAGUCGGUCAUUCUAAGUUUUCCUCAUAAAUUGCAUAGGCCUUCGGAGUAAGUAGGUGUGCUAAACGAAAUUUUCCAAGUUUUGUCGCAUGACGGCGCCUUUAUUGCACAAAUUAUUGUUUUGAAUAAUGGGAAAAUGAAACGAGUGUCUCAUGCUGGUGCGAUUUUUGUAGCCGUAGUUGAGCCUGGAAUUUUUAAUAAAACUUGCUACCGAUUAGAAAAGAAUUACCAAACAUCAUUUAUUUGUUUAUUAUUUGUUUAUGAACAUGAUAGUAAUUACCAAGAAUAUACUUGCAGAUUCUGCCUUGCGGUGUAACAUGUGCCAGUCUGAGAAAUCGUGGAAUCAAUGCCAGGAAAAUGGAAUUAUUGUUGAUUGUUCCAGUGAAGACCCAAGUCCCGACGUUUGCUUUAAAGUCCAUAUGGUUAAGAAGAUGGCAGAUGACUCUGUGAAGCACUCCUACAAAAGAGGAUGUGGGCAUCAAGAGUUAUGCAGCGGCGAACAAUGUAAACAGCAGGGAGACUGGUGCUUAGUGAACUGUUGCAAUACCGACAACUGCAAUGCUUCGUUGGCAGUAAAAGCUUCCAUCUACUUGACGUAUUCGUUAGUUGGAAUAUCCAUCGCAUUCCAUUUAUGUUAAAAGAGAUCCAAAAUUCUUUCAUUUCCUUUAAGCGCAGGUUGAUUUUAAGGGCAAAGCAACUUUUAAUGGAUUCAUUAUUAUUUAACAUUGUUGCAUGUAAAUAUAUAAAGUGAGGUGUGCUGGAUAGUGUUGGACAGACGUUGAAACGAGCUCGUACAUACUUUUUAUGACAAAAUGUUAGCCUGCGUGCAGACGAUGGCGACAAUCAACUUUUUUGUUCAUAUUUAUGUUACUCAGCGCACUUUGCCUCGAUUGCACCUUCCCCUUUGGUGCCUAGUCGGUGCCUAGCAAGUGCCUCGUCAUUGCCU